GAGGUGAUUGGCUGAAGGCACUUCCGUUGAGCAUCUAGACGUUUCCUUGGCUCUUCUGGCGCCAAAAUGUCGUUUGUGGCAGGGGUUAUUCGGCGGCUGGACGAGACAGUGGUGAACCGCAUCGCGGCGGGGGAAGUUAUCCAGCGGCCAGCUAAUGCUAUCAAAGAGAUGAUUGAGAACUGUUUAGAUGCAAAAUCCACAAGUAUUCAAGUGAUUGUUAAAGAGGGAGGCCUGAAGUUGAUUCAGAUCCAAGACAAUGGCACCGGGAUCAGGAAAGAAGAUCUGGAUAUUGUAUGUGAAAGGUUCACUACUAGUAAACUGCAGUCCUUUGAGGAUUUAGCCAGUAUUUCUACCUAUGGCUUUCGAGGUGAGGCUUUGGCCAGCAUAAGCCAUGUGGCUCAUGUUACUAUUACAACGAAAACAGCUGAUGGAAAGUGUGCAUACAGAGCAAGUUACUCAGAUGGAAAACUGAAAGCCCCUCCUAAACCAUGUGCUGGCAAUCAAGGGACCCAGAUCACGGUGGAGGACCUUUUUUACAACAUAGCCACGAGGAGAAAAGCUUUAAAAAAUCCAAGUGAAGAAUAUGGGAAAAUUUUGGAAGUUGUUGGCAGGUAUUCAAUACACAAUGCAGGCAUUAGUUUCUCAGUUAAAAAACAAGGAGAGACAGUAGCUGAUGUUAGGACACUACCCAAUGCCUCAACCGUGGACAAUAUUCGCUCCAUCUUUGGAAAUGCUGUUAGUCGAGAACUGAUAGAAAUUGGAUGUGAGGAUAAAACCCUAGCCUUCAAAAUGAAUGGUUACAUAUCCAAUGCAAACUACUCAGUGAAGAAGUGCAUCUUCUUACUCUUCAUCAACCAUCGUCUGGUAGAAUCAACUUCCUUGAGAAAAGCCAUAGAAACAGUGUAUGCAGCCUAUUUGCCCAAAAACACACACCCAUUCCUGUACCUCAGUUUAGAAAUCAGUCCCCAGAAUGUGGAUGUUAAUGUGCACCCCACAAAGCAUGAAGUUCACUUCCUGCACGAGGAGAGCAUCCUGGAGCGGGUGCAGCAGCACAUCGAGAGCAAGCUCCUGGGCUCCAAUUCCUCCAGGAUGUACUUCACCCAGACUUUGCUACCAGGACUUGCUGGCCCCUCUGGGGAGAUGGUUAAAUCCACAACAAGUCUGACCUCGUCUUCUACUUCUGGAAGUAGUGAUAAGGUCUAUGCCCACCAGAUGGUUCGUACAGAUUCCCGGGAACAGAAGCUUGAUGCAUUUCUGCAGCCUCUGAGCAAACCCCUGUCCAGUCAGCCCCAGGCCAUUGUCACAGAGGAUAAGACAGAUAUUUCUAGUGGCAGGGCUAGGCAGCAAGAUGAGGAGAUGCUUGAACUCCCAGCCCCUGCUGAAGUGACUGCCAAAAAUCAGAGCUUGGAGGGGGAUACAACAAAGGGGACUUCAGAAAUGUCAGAGAAGAGAGGACCUACUUCCAGCAACCCCAGAAAGAGACAUCGGGAAGAUUCUGAUGUGGAAAUGGUGGAAGAUGAUUCCCGAAAGGAAAUGACUGCAGCUUGUACCCCCCGGAGAAGGAUCAUUAACCUCACUAGCGUUUUGAGUCUCCAGGAAGAAAUUAAUGAGCGGGGACAUGAGGUUCUCCGGGAGAUGUUGCAUAACCACUCCUUCGUGGGCUGUGUGAAUCCUCAGUGGGCCUUGGCACAGCAUCAAACCAAGUUAUACCUUCUCAACACCACCAAGCUUAGUGAAGAACUGUUCUACCAGAUACUCAUUUAUGAUUUUGCCAAUUUUGGUGUUCUCAGGUUAUCGGAGCCAGCACCGCUCUUUGACCUCGCCAUGCUUGCCUUAGAUAGUCCAGAGAGUGGCUGGACAGAGGAAGAUGGUCCCAAAGAAGGACUUGCUGAAUACAUUGUUGAGUUUCUGAAGAAGAAGGCUGAGAUGCUUGCAGACUAUUUCUCUUUGGAAAUUGAUGAGGAAGGGAACCUGAUUGGAUUACCCCUUCUGAUUGACAACUAUGUGCCCCCUUUGGAGGGACUGCCUAUCUUCAUUCUUCGACUAGCCACUGAGGUGAAUUGGGACGAAGAAAAGGAAUGUUUUGAAAGCCUCAGUAAAGAAUGCGCUAUGUUCUACUCCAUCCGGAAGCAGUACAUAUCUGAGGAGUCGACCCUCUCAGGCCAGCAGUGACCCAGAUGCUGAUUUCCCAAGGUCAAGGAUGUCUGAAGACAAUGUGCCAAUGUGCCCAGAUUCUUCUGGUUAAGGAUCUACUUGAGCCUCAGCCCUUAUGCUGUUUUUGUUUUCCAAGCUGGGAUAUGAAAAAGCAGAAAACCCAAUAGGGUAACAUUAAUCCAAGUCAACAUAGCAACCAGUAUCUUACCUAAUGGCCCUUCUCCUGCUGACUCCAAGACCUGAGCAGCUUCCUGAGACACAACAGUGAUGGCUCCAGCCACUGGUUCAUGACUGACAUCACCAUUGGGAGUGCCAUCGGGGAUUAUAACUAAGCCAUGUUUCUGCAGGGGGGAAAAACUCACCAUCACAAAAGGCCCAUAUGGAAGCAGGAAGCUCUGUGAGGUCACUCUGCAACAAUACAUGUUUGCUACAGGUAAAACCUGGUUAGAAUCAGUUACAUGAAAUAUAGCUCUGUGUAAGAAAUAGCUUAAACCUACCAAAUCUGGAUUAGAGAAUAAACACUGUAGUUUGUAUUUAGGCUAGGAAAGAUGGCAGGAUGAAAGGAAGGAAGAUAGAGAGUAAAACAGUGAGGGACCUGAAUUCCAGGCUAAUGCUAACAUACCUCUCCCGUCUUCACUGUCUCCUGCAGGUCAGCCAGCUCCUCUCUGAGCAUAUCUCGCUCAUUGCUAAGGCAGGCAAUGUAUUCUUUCUGUUUCUCUAGGGCCUGGUUUUAGGUAAGGUAGCAAGGGAAACAAUGGCACAGAAAAAGAGCAGGUGAAAGGUAGCAGAGAAGUACCUAAUUCAAAUAAGCAAAGAUAAAGGCAUAAAAAGCAAGAAAGCAGUCAAAAGAUUGGAAACAAACAGUCAGAUAUGGGAGGAAAUACAGAGUUACAUGGAUAUACAUCUCCAGAAGAGAGUUCUCAUAGAAACUGGUUCUCAUGCAUCAAUUUGGCAAAACAUGUUUAAUCACAUCAAGCAGGGAAAUAAAUCUUUUCCAGUCAAUGAAAAAAAUAAAACAGGAAAAGGAAGAUAAAGAGAGAAGCCAGAGUAAAAUAAAGCUUUCCUUACUGACUGCCUAAGUACAUUUUUAUUUGGUGAACAAAAAAAACCCCACAUUUCAUGUUUAACUAAACUAGUUUAUUCAAGAAUACAGUUGAUUUUUAAAAAAAUAGUUCUGGAAUAAAAAUAACUAUUAUACAUAGGUAUUUUAAUUUAAUACUGGCUGUAGAUUUUUCUCCAAGUAGUGUGGCAAAAUACUCAAAUACCACUUAAUUCAAAAUAGUUAACCUCCAAAAGGAUUCAAAGAUCAACUUCUGACAAUUUAAUUAAAUAUAACUGAGACUCAUUUGGCUUUCUGUUAUACUCCCAAAAUGUGAAAAACAAAAAUAAACACUGACAAAAUAAAUACAGCCAAGCUAUGAAGAGUUACAGAACAUGGAUUUCAGAAUCAGGCUUUUGGGUUCUGGCACAUACUUGUCCUAUGCCUCAGUUUCCUCACUGGAAAAACAGAAGGGAUAAUAGCACCCAUCCCAAGGGCAGAGGCAUAAAUCAAGGUAAAGCAUUGCCUGUAAUGCCUAGAUAGCAGGGACAGUUCAGGAGAAUCAGGUUGGUGAUUUCAUUUGUAAAUUCCCUGCCAUUUCCUUAAUCUCACAACUGUCAGCUGAGGACAAUGCAGAAGCAGGAACAUACUUUGGUCAUCAAUGAAAAAUAAAAUCUACUAUGAAAAAAUAAAAUCUAUUGUAAAAGAAAAUAACCCAGAAUUAAAAAUACACCCAAGGUAAGUAGUCUAUGCAGGAAUCUGAUAACUGGCCUAUUUGAAAAAGCCUUUCCCCAAAUAUUUUUGUUCAUAUAUUUAAUGUCUUCUGUUAGCAUUUCCAUUAAUCCAAGAAGUUAAACUAUAUCAGGUAACUUUCCUCUCAGUUCACUGGGUUUGAAAGUGGGACAGCGAAUUGCUGAGAAAUUGAUAGCUGAAUAGCUGGGCAAUUCAAAAAAUCAUUAUAAUCCUGUUUUGCAACCAAAUAGGGAGCAAGUAAAUAAGGGAUGAUAGCAACUAUGAUUUGUAUAGCACAAAUUAUAUGGCAGGCACUAUUUUAUAUAAUUUCUCUCUUAUACAUUAUUUUACAUUUGAAACCUCCACAUAUCCUGUGAGGUACUUGUAUUAUCCCCAUUUAACAGAUGAGAAAAUUGAGGCUCACAGUGGUUAUAUUUUUUCGCCCAAAGUCACAGUAAGUGGCAAAACCAGAAAAUGAAUCUGGUUGUUUUUGUUUCCAAAGCCCUUAAAUAGUUUUUUAAAUAUCACAGCUCUAUGAAGGCCACAUUAUAUUCCCUUAUUGUUAGCCCAGAUGAUGCUAGGAAAGGAGUCCAUACGGCAAAUCCUACUCUUUACUUAUCCAAACUGCAAUGUCAAUAUCUGACUUCUUUUCAACAAUUUACAUUCACACUAUAUGAUGUGUCUCAAGUCUGCCUGUGAAUUAACAAUGUGCAUUUCUAGCACCAUCUAGCUAGUGUUAACACUCCAUUAUGUUAAUAAUUAAUAAUAAAUGAAACAUUGGGAAAACAAA